AUGACACGGGCCUGGACUGGCCAGAGGGGAGUGAUUGACGGUCCCCACCCCCAGCUCUCCUCGCCCCUAGGCGCCUGCUCCCGGAAGCUGCCGGAGCUGAGGCCCCUUUCAGGGAGAUCCUUGCGGGUGCGCAGCUGGAGCAACCGUACGCCGGGUCCCGCAGCCCCUCCCCCACCCCGGGACUUCCCUCCGCCACGAGUCGGAGCUGCCCGGGGAGGCCGCGGGGGGACCAAGGGCUGCCCCUCUCCCGGGACGGACGGAGCGCGGAGUCCUCCCUGGGGGCGCGUGGGGAGCCCCUCGGAGCGGUUUGCAGACAGGAGGGGCUUGGCGGGGGCGGCGACCCCCUCGGAGCGCUCGGGACUCGCCCCGCGGGGUCCCCUCCAGGGUUUGCCGCGGUCCCGGGGCCAGGGCGCGGGGUGGGAGGUGGCCGGGGCGGGCGCGGGGCGGGGACAGGGCGGCGCCCCUCCUCCGGCCCCGCCUGGGCCCGGGAUCUCUGCGCCGCCGCCCGGGCGCCCCACUCGCCGGACUGUCCCCCGCGGCUCCGCGCGCACCAUGGCGCGUCGGGCCGCCCUGGCCGGGCUGCUGCUGCUCCUCCUGCUGGGCGCCGAGCUGCAGGCGCAGGAUUUGGAUCUGUCCGACGCCCUCGGAGGCGAUGACCAGAAACCAACGAAGGCUCCCAAAAAGCCCAGCGAUGACGGGAACGGCUUUAACCUCGAGGACGCUCUCGGUGGUGGUGGACACGAUGCCCCAGUGUCGCCCAAUGAGCCCAAGCCCAGGCCCAACCAGCCCGGCUCCUCUGGUGGCUUUUCUGACAGUGACCUCCUAGACGGGACUUCGGGAGGUGAAGGACACGGCGGUGGCUCUGACGGUGGCAGUCACAGGAACGAGGGACAAGACACUAACUCCCAGGGUGUGGUCCCCGGCAUCGUGGGGGCCGUGGUGGUGGCCGUGGCCGGGGCCAUCUCCAGCUUCAUCGCCUACCAGAAAAAGAAGCUGUGCUUCAAAGAAAACGCCGGACAAGGAGAAGUGGACUUGGAGAACCGAGCGGGCACCAACGCAGAGCCACCAGUGCAGCGCACGCUUUUGGAGAAGUAGAGGCCGCUGGGCGGGAAAAGCCCAGUCCCAGGUCCGCAGCCCGGUGACACCUGCCCAGUGACACUUUGCAAGACCAGCUGGCGAGCGCAGAGGCCACCGUGCGCUCGGGGAGCCGCCGCCCCAUCUCCACUGAUGGACUCCCUGACCCAGACGUGAGGUGACCAGCACGCCCGGUGACCAGCGGGACGAACCCGCGGGGACUUGUGUCACCUCGACCCCUGGGGCUCCCGGGGAUGGGAAAGGCCCACCAGGACCCAGUCCCUGUGGUCGGACACCGGCCCCGUCAGAUGCCUGGACGCGCAAGCCCUGGGCCGAUGCCCAGCUACCUGGACCCCGGCGACGCCCUACGCCUCCCGAGUGGAGGUGACCCCAGGGUCCUCGCGUCCCUCCGAUGCCUUAGGAUAUCCGGCUGUUUUGUUUUGUUUUGGGUUUUGGUUUUUUUUUUUUUUUCCAACUAAUAAAACAAAAUUGGAAACCAA